GGAGUCUCCGACUGGAACGCACUCGGCCGCGUGGCCAGCUGCCGAGAGGUGUGCUGAGUGGGGCUGCGCGAACGGAUAGAGCACGUGCGGAGUGUUGUGGCCUGUGGACGAUACUGAGAAGCUGAACUGCGGGCCGUGCUGUAGACAGGGGCUCGAUUCUCAGACGACCCUGAAUUUACCAUCGCGAGAUAUCUGACUGCGACUCACAAGAAGGGAGAUCGAGCAGUCAGCUCAGUGGUCUCCGGCUGCCAUAUAAUUCUGCAGAUCAGUGCCGAAUCGGACGGAGGAGCCGCUUUAUGUCAUCCUGAGUCGUCGGUAACGAUGAUCUCCCAUCCGUCGUGGCUCUGGUCGUCGGUCUCAGCCGCCAGCGAGGUCAGCAGAGUGGACCCGCUUCACAGCAUGGAGACAUACAACAGCCAGGAGUACUUUGACCUCGUGAACGAGUCGCGCAUGGCUCGCCGCGACUCUGACGACGUCGCCGACGAUGACAACACGCCCGAAGACGACGGAGAUGCUUUCGACUGGCUGGAGCAGGUCGGUUUCCACUCGCUCGUCUCGGAGCCGGAAGGAGCAGCGGAGGACGCGGUUCUCCACUCACUAACUCCACAGCAGGCAGCGGCUGUGAGGCGCAAGGUGGACACAUAUCGCGACACCCAGCGGCGGCGCAGCAAGGACAAGGGCCGGCACGUGGACGUGCGCUCCGUGUUCCCCUCGGAGGCGGCCAGUGCCGACUCGCGCAGCCGCUCCGCCACGCCGGACUCCCUGGACUCGCUGUCCCCGCCGCGCUCACCGCCCGGCUCGUGCUCGCGGCUCGACGCCGGCUCCCCGCACAGUCAGGGCUACCACAGCAGCUCCAGAGGAUCGCUGGACCAUCUCGAGAGAGUUGAGGAGGGCGACAGGACACCAGAGUACCGCCAUGUUCUCCGUAUUCCCGUGGACAAGGUCGCUCCUGGUUCAUCGCCACCCAAAGCCGGUAACGCUACCUUUCAGCAGAGCCAUGACGCCUUGGACCGGGUCGGAGCAAAGACGAAGAGCCUCUUCAUAGCUGAUGCCACCGGCCACUACAAACCAAGCCGCAAGUCGGCACCGCCUGACUCCAGCGGAAUCGAGGCGGUGUCGUACAACCCUUUGGGCUCGCUGCGUCGCCACUCGGAACGUUCCGGGCUGGGAGAGGUCGGCGAACUGCACAUACCGCGUCCGAGGACUGGCUCCAAGUCUGAUCCAGCCAGACGGCGCAGCAGCGACGACCUGUACCGGCUAGGCCGCACUUUCAUCGAGUACCUCAGCGAGGACGACGUCAAGCGCAUCCAGAAGCUAGCUUUCAUCGAUUUCACAGUCAUAUUCGACGAGCACAACCUGAGCUACAGCCGCCGGAAGGCCCGGAAGCGCCGUCUGCGGACGCGUCCCAGUGUGGCCGAGAGCGCGGUAUUCGGGUGCGCCCUGACCACGCUGAUGGAGCGCGACCGGCGGCGGCAGCCGGACGCCUCGGUGCCGCUGCUGCUGGAGCGCGUGCUCACUCAUCUGGAACAGCGCUGUCUGCACGAGGAGGGUUUGCUGCGCGUGCCCGGUCACCAGCAGAAGGUGGACCAGCUCCGGCGCACCGUCGACGAGCGGUUCUACAGCCGGCCCGGAGACGUGGACGAGGCGCUCCGCACCAGCAGCGCAAACGACGUGGCCGCGCUGGUGAAGCUGUUCCUGCGCGAGCUGCCAGCGCCGCUGCUGACCCGCGAGCUGAUGGACGCGUUCCACCAGACGGACGCACUGCCGUUGGGUCAGCAAGUGGCCGCGCUGAACCUCCUCUGUCUCAAGCUGCCCGAGACCAACAGGGCCGUGCUGCGGCGACUGCUCGACUUCCUGGCAGCGGUGGCGACGCGCGAGACGGCCAACAAGAUGACGCUGGAGAACGUGGCCAUGAUCAUGGCGCCCAACCUGAUGUGGCCGGCUCAGCGACGGCAGAAGGACAUCUCUGUAGAGAUCGAGUAUGCGGCCGUGACAUCGCGAGUAGUGAGAAAUAUGGUCCGACACCGUGACGGUCUGUGGGAGGUGCUGCCAAAGUUCAUCGGCCAGGUGCGCCAACAGCAUGAAGCGGAACAGCAGCUGAAGGCGAAGAAAGACCAUUCUCGGCAGGUUAAGAAACUUCUGAGGAAGAAGGAAUCACCUGUGGCGCCCAAGAUCGAGAACGAGAAGGAGCUGCACGGGUGUAAGAUCCAGAUCAGGGCUCCCCAGUUCGACAAGCAUUGGAACGACGUGCCACUGAAAGAAGGCACGACGGCUGGAGACGUCGUCAACAGGUACCUGUCUCCGCUGCUGCUCAAGUCGGAACUGGAGGACCGCAUCCAGGGAAGGCGGGGCUCCCAUCGACAGGGCAACGGGCCGACCCCGAGCGGGGUCACCGCCUGCCUCAAGUCCGACACCGGAGCGGGCAGCGUGCUCAGCGCCCAUUUCCUCUUCGAACAAGGCGGCAACAUAGGACACCGUCGGAUCGACCACGACGCCUCCUUGCUGGACUGCUACCGCGCCAAUCCGAACGCGCAGUGGGAGAUCCGCUGUUGUCACGGCAGCGACCUCUCGGCAACAGUCGAGAUCGUCGCCGAUUAGUCGCCGAUCGCAACUAGUCAUAUCGAGGCGUAGUGAGCGUGCACGUGUUAGUGGUGCCAUCUAGUGGCGACUAGUGAACUUGUGAUACUGUAAACGGUGCGGCAGAAGAGGUGGUGGUAUGGGGAUUGGUGAUUCGAUGUUUGCAUCAAUGGACGGAGGAAGAUGUCGAAGGGAGGGGACGCGUGAAAUCGAUGUGGUAAAGAACUGAUAUGGGUACGCGAAGAUGUGAAAAUUUAAAGAGCGGUAAGGUAUAGUGAGAUGAGCGAUGCUUCAUGUAUGGUUUGAAAGACAUUCGCUUGGCUAUGGAAACAUCCCAUGAGGAAAGCAGAGUAUGACUUACCGUAGCGUGUGUAUCAGGUUUCGGGUAGAGGCAAUAGCUGCUCUGCUUGCACUGUGAAACCGAUGACUGUGAUUGUCGAUAUUCUAUCGACGUCCAUUAAUGUGGCGAUGUCUUGAUAUCGCUGCGGCCCAUUAUGAGUGCUGGAUGCACCUCGCCUACUAAGCAUUUUCUGUCACGAGCGUUUAGGGACAUAUAUCUAGAUUCUAGAUAUAAGAUACCAAAGGAUUUAUUUUUACGCGUUUGCUUCUUAUGGAAGGUCAAAACUGAUCUUUUUCACCCACGUUUGGCACCACUUUACAGCUAAAUGAACAACUUGUCGGUGUCACUUCGAAUGCCGAUGUAGGCAUGUUGAUGCAUAUGAAGUCUUUAUAAUCAUUAAUAUCGAAAAUGGAUGUGGUAUUGAUUCAGACUUGUGUAUCGAAGUGUCAUGAUUAUGAUGAAUAUGCGUGUAAGUGAUUUCUUGCGAGUUUGAAUAUUGCUCAUUGCUGAGUAUGCAUAAAUAAUCAAACAAAAUGAA